CACCGCCGUAGUUUAAACUGCUGUAAUAAGCGUCUAAUCCCAAAUCCCCCAAACGGCAACCGCCUCCGAUCAUGGCGGCGGAGGGGCAAAUCCUCAGCGCUGCCGGCGGAAGGCUAGACAGCCCGCUCCUCCUGCGUCACGACAAGGCCACCGGCGUCGUUCGACUCUUCCGUCUGGACGCGGCCGUAGGCGCCGUGUUGCUUCUGCGCCUAGACGCGGCCAUAGGCGCCGCCGUCUUGCGACUCGUCGUCGACGCGAUUACGGGCGCCUUCGUCCUCCUCCCGCUCCUCUCCGGCGUUCCUCGCGGAGGUCCGGGUCCCGACACCAACGGCCCCCUCCCCGACGGGUUCCGCCUCGACUCCGCCGCGGCUCUCCAUCUACGACUGGACGCGGCCACCGAUGCGGUGGUCCCCGUCCACCUCGCUGUGCCUACCGGCGCGGUCCUUCUUCUCCGCGUCGACGCGGCCGCCGGCGCCGUGCUCCCGCUCAGCCCCGACGCGGCCACCAGCGCCGUGCCCCCGCUACGCCCCGACGCGGCCGCCGACGCUGCGCCCGUGGUCCGCCUCGUCGCGGCCGCCGACGCUGCGCCCGUGGUCCGCCUCGUCGCGGCCGCCGACGGCGCGCCCCUGCUCUGCCUCGUCACGGCCGCCGACGGCGCGCCCCUGCUCCGCCUCGCCGCGCCCGCUGGCGCCGUGGCCCCAUUCCGCAUCGACGCGGCCACCGUCGCCGUACUCCAGCUCCGCUCGGACGCGGCCGCCGGCGCCGUGGCCCCGCUCGGCCUCGCCGCGGCACCCGACCCUGAACCUCCACUCGGCCUCGCAGCGGCCGCCGACGUCGCGCCCCUGCUCCCCCUCGCCAUGGCCACCGACGUCGCGCCCCUGGUCCGCCUUGCCGGGCCCGCUGGCGCCGCGCCCCUGCUCCGCCUCGCCGUGCCCCCGUUCCGCUCCGACGCGGCCACCGGCACCGUGCCCCCGCUCGGCCUCGCCGCGGCACCCGACCCCGAGCCUCCGCUCGGCCUCGCCACGGCCGCAGACGUCGCGUCCCUUCUUCGCCUCGCCGUGGCCGCCGACGGCUCGCUCCUGCUCCGCCUUGUCCAGGCUGUCUGUGACCAGGGUGCAGUCCUCGACGACACGGCUGGCAUUGCUCGCCGAGGCCCCAACGCCGGCUGCUCCGUCUCCAACCUCUCCGACGGAGGGGCGCCAGCAGCGGCGCCCACGAUGCCCCGCAGGACCUCUGACUUCGACUUGGGAGCCGCUGCCGCCAUGUCCGUCGCAUUGCAUGUCGGCGCCACCCUUAACCCACCCAGCUCCUGGACGCCGAAAGCAACAAAGAAACCUACCGGAGCUAAGAAGACUAAAAAUUCAGUUCGGAAGAGAGUUUCAGUUGCAAGGAGAGUUGGAAAGAAAGGUGUUCAGAAGUUGAUUCAAGUUCAAGGUCCCUUGAUUCAAGUUCAAUGUCAAGGAGGGAAGGCAAGCAAAGGCAGCACUAGAUUAGUUCGAUUCAAAGGAAUUCUGGGCGAUUUCGUUUGGUUCGCGGUCCCGAGCGUGCUCCUUUUCUACCCAAGGAAAGUUGAUUGGAAACUAGCUCGGGGUGCUAAACACCAGAGGUGUUACAGUGGGAGCCCUGAUAGGAAGGGAGGAGAGGGAGGAAGGAAGGAAGAGAGAGAUGGGGGAGAGAAAGGCUAG